GUUUCGCCAUGGAAGAAACGCAGGUGGUGAUCGUGGGCGGUGGUCCGGCGGGGCUUGCAACGGCAGCAUGCCUCAACCGUCUUUCGAUACAUAACAUCGUACUCGAAAGAGACGAUUGCUGCGCUUCUCUAUGGCGAAAAAGGGCUUAUGACAGGUUGAAGCUUCAUUUAGCCAAACCCUAUUGUCAACUUCCUUACAUGCCAUUCCCACACAAUGCACCAACCUACAUUUCUCGGUUGGAUUUCAUUGCUUAUUUGGAUAACUACAUGUCGUGUUUCGGGAUUGAACCGCGGUGUUGUCGGAGCGUGGAACGAGCUUGGUACGACAAGGUGGAGGGGAAGUGGAUGGUGGUGGUGAAUAACAAGGGUAGUGGUGUGGAAGAGAGGUAUGUUUGUAGGUAUCUCGUGGCUGCCACUGGGGAGAAUAGUGAGGGGUUUUUGCCGGAUGUUCCUGGAUUGAAGAGCUUCCAUGGUGAGGUAUUGCAUUCAAGUGGGUAUGAGAAUGGAGAGAGGUUUAGAGGUAAGGAUGUUUUGGUUGUUGGAUGUGGGAAUUCUGGCAUGGAGAUUGCUUAUGAUUUGUCUAAUUAUGCUGCAAAUACUUCCAUCGUCGUUCGGAGCCCGGUCCACGUGUUAACGAAAGACAUCGUUCGGGUAGGGAUGUUUUUAUUGAGGUAUCUUCCAUGCAAGGUUGUGGAUCCAAUCUGCAUUAAUCUUGCGAAGAUGAAGUAUGGAAAUUCAUCCAAGUAUGGGAUUCGUAGGCCAAAAGGAGGCCCUUUUCUUAUCAAAGCCAAAACUGGUCGUUCCCCCACCAUUGAUGUUGGAUGCAUGAAUAGAAUCAAGAAAGGAGAGAUCAAGGUUCUUCCAUCGAUCACAUGCAUAAACGAAGACCAUGUGAGGUUUGCAUACGGCAUUGUGAAUUACUUCGAUGCGAUAAUUUUUGCGACGGGGUACAAGAGCACAGUGCUGAAUUGGCUGGAGGAUGAGAAGGGGCAGUUCAAUGAGGAAGAUGGGUUUCCAAAGCAAAGGCCCCCAAAUCAUUGGAAGGGAGAAGAUGGGUUGUACUGUGCAGGAUUUGGAAAGCAAGGGUUGCUUGGGAUUUCAAAUGAUGCGCAGAACAUCGCAAGGGACAUAGCAACCUUGGCAGCUUGAGACAUCAACAAGACAAUGGUGUUGAAGUUUGGGUGUUCUUAAUGUUUGACCUGUCAUGCAUGGGUGGAGGUAUUGUAAUAUUG